AUGAUUAAACAACUUUGUGACGUGUGGUUUGGGACUUAUAAGUUGUUUGCUUCUUCACCUCGUUUCCAAAAGGAGGGUACUAAACAACCGAAAAAGCAGAUUGUGUCCAAAAUUGUUGAUCAUCCAAUUCAUACUUUUCAUGUUCCCUCCCCUGUUAAAUCGUAUAUAAGUAUAGUAAAGGGAACUGCUUUGGAGAAUUGUAGUAAAACACAGAUGGAGGAGAUUAUUGAUUUAUCUUCUAGAGAUUUUGUUAUGGAAAAAGGUAAAUGUGCUUGUUUGGUGAAGGCGAUAGAUUUUCUCACUCUGCCUAACUUGUAUAUGCUUUGUUUAGAAGAAAGGUUUCAAGACUUUGAUAUGAAAUAUGUUGAUGGUUUAUGGGUACUGAUUGGAUUCAAAUCUAAGCAUGCAUGCUUGUAA